AUGUCGCCCACUAACGGUGACCUUUAAAAUAUAGAUGAGGAAGAUUGCAAUACAGACCAUGAUAACUAAAAUGAUUCAGACUAGGUUGAAGAGGUUUUUAAUUUUAAAUCAGAGAAGAAGAGGAAAAAUAAAAAAUCCAGCAAGGAAUUACGAGAAGACUCCCUUAUAAUGGUUAAAGAAGAAAGUGAGUAGAAUAUAGAAUAGCAAACAGAAAGAAAAUCUAAAAGUAAGAAAAAUAAGAAAGACUCGAAAAAGUCCAAAAAAUCUAAGAAAAAUAAGAAGCAUAGGAGGCCAGUGGACUAUGAAGCCCAAGUGAAGGAUGAGUCUGAAUAAGAUCAAAAUAUUAGAACUAAAGAUGAAGAUGAAGAUAACGAUUAAAAGAAAGGUAGCAGAAAUAGGAAAGAAUUAGAGUAAGCUGAAGACAAUAAUGAAGAACUGGAAGAUGAAAAUGAGGAGUUACGGCGUCUAGAGGAAGAAGUUAGACUUUUACAAGAAAAAGAAGCUGAAAAUAAUGAAUGUGUUGAUGGCAAGCAGGAUUCAAGCCAAAUAAAUGGUAAUGUUUAGGAAGAUUAAGAGCAAGCUGCUCAGUAGCUGAAAAAAUAAAAAAUAUAGCACCAUAUUGACUUGUCAAACCAAGAUGCUAUCACAAAAAUAGAGGGCAAGAAAAGAAUUGAGUUUAAAAAUGAAAAAGGAAAAAAUAAAAGAGAGGAAAAGAUCCAAAGAAAGCUAGAAGAAGAGAUGAAAGAAUAAGAAAAGUUAAAGAACUUGACUCAAGCUGGUUCAUCAGUUGAUAACCUACUCAGGAAAAUGUAAGAGGCUGUGGAUAAGGAUCGAGAAGCAAAUAGAAAUAAAAAGCCUGCAAUUUCAAGACUUGUCAUAGCUUAACAAUGCUAUAAUCAGCUGAGGAAAAUGCCCAUUUAAGAGAAGUUCUUAGAUUAAGGAGGCUGUAAGAUACUUGCUGAUUGGUUAGAUAUGAUGCCAGAUGGUACAUUUCCAAAUGUUAAUCUAGUUGAAGGAAUGCUUAAUUGCAUUGAUGGAUUAAGAUUAGAAGUAGAUCAUCUUGAUCAAUCUGGGUUAGGGCAGAUUAUUUAGUACUAUGCUGAGGGUAUCGCAAAGACAUCCCUUACUAUUCAAAGAUAGGCUAAAAGUAUUAUUGAAAAAUGGUGCAGAUUUAUCUACAAUAUCAAAUAGAGCUAUGAUGGUGAUGGAGAUCAUGAUGAAUCUUAUAAGUAGUAUUAGUAAAGAAUGAUUAAAUAAAGGAAAAUUGUCAAAGAAAAUUAGGAUCUAGAAAAAGAGGAAGAAGAUGAUGACGAUUAAGAAGAUGAAGAUGAUGACACCGAAAACAGUAAUUAAAGGAAGAAUAAAAAUAAGAAAUACUAAAAAAAUUAAGGAAUAAAUGGAGUUCCAGAUAAAUUGAGAGCAGGGCGUGGUUUUAAUCAAUCAAGAUAUGGUGUGCUACUCCCUGAGAGAAUGGCAUUUGACUUUGUAAGGAGGCCUGAAAGAAUAGAGGAUCCAAAUAUAAGGAAAAAAGAUAUGGAAUGUGGAAAGAGUAAGUUAAAGAAGAUUAUGGAGCAAUUAAGGAAAACAAAUGAAUAAUAGAAUAUCAAAAAGACAUUUCCUCUGGGAGCUGGAUUGUUUUGA